AUGGAUAAACUCGUCUCUAUAAUCGAGGAAGAACUUAACCAGCUUGGUGCGCUGAAAGUGGAUGCACCCCUUUUACAUCCGAAAUCAUUAUGGUUGGAGUCAGGUCGCUGGGAAAAAAUGAAUAAAGAAUUAUUUUCUUUCGAGGAUAGGUAUCAUAGACAAUACUGUUUACAACCAACGGCCGAGGAAAUGAUUACUAAGAUUUUCGUGGGAUUCGGUACACCAAAACGCAAAUCAUUUCCAAUCAUGUUAUAUCAAACGAAUCACAAGUUUCGUGAUGAAAUGAGGCCGAAAUUCGGUUUGUUUAGAAGCCGAGAAUUCCUUAUGAAUGAUCUGUACACUUUUGAUAUCAGUAAAGAAGAAGGACUGAAGACUUACACUACUCUUUCAGAGUUGUACUUACGGGUAUUAAGUGGCAUAUUGGGUCUGAAAGUUUAUGUUGUGGAGGCAGAUAGCGGAGAAAUAGGAGGUUCGGUUUCUCAUGAAUAUCAUGUGUUGAAUGAUUGCAGCGAUGCGAUAAUAUACGUUUGUGAGAAGUGUAAGAAAGCUGUUGACAAUACCCUUUUCUUAAAAGGUCAUAAACCGUGCGGUAGUUGUUCGGAAUCCUUUACCGAAUUGCGUUCUGCUGAAAUUGCCCACACAUUUCAGCUUGGUGUAGAAUUUAGCAAAAAAUUUCGAGCUGUUUUUGGCUCUGAUAGUGUAUGGAUGAACUGUUUUGGUUUUGGAUUAGGACGUAUUAUCGCAGCUGCUAUCGACCAACUUGCAUGUGAAGGGAAUUCUAUCCGUCUUCCUCUUAAAGUAGUGCCAUACAAGGUUGCUUUUGUACCUCCAUCUGUUAGCACUAAAGGGUAUAAUGCAAGCAGUUUCGCAGAGUCUUUGAUUUCGCAGCUUGUUGAAACUGAGCAGCUGAAGGAUGAUUUGUUUGUUGACGACCGAACAAAGCUCUCCGUUGCAAGAAGGAUCUCUUCUAGUGCAGAUUUAGGCAUUCCAAAUAUAUUCGUUGCUGGUAGCUUUACGGCAAGGAGUUUAAAAACAACACCGCUGAUUGAAUAUUUUUAUGCUGGUCCGAGGGAAGCUCCGAGGAAAGUUGCUGAUUUGACUCAUAAUGAUUUGUUCGAGCUUGUUAAAAACUUAUAA